AAGACAUCUCAGAAAAGAGUCAGAGUGAGUUGAACUUUUUGAAGUUUUGUUAUUUAAACAAGAUGCAGUGUGAGAUUGCUUUUGGGAUGUUUCGAUAUAAUCUAUAAACCGUUGGAUUACUGCAACAAGAGCCGUGAGAAUAAAGACUCGUGGCGCGUCAAAAUGUUGCAGCAUGUUUUGUUUUCGCGGCAAUGAGCAAAUGCGAUUAGUUUCCGACCAUUUGGUGUUACGAUACACGUUUCUCUGGAUAUUGAAGAAACAAGUAUGAGCACACUUAAUUAUCUGAAGAGAUCAACAGAAGAACGCGGCUAGACGGCGGGCAUGGAACAAGGGGAGAUGUUUGUCUCAAUCUCUGGUGGAGAAACAUUAUGCAUUAUGGACCAACAAAUGGAAUUCCUUAAACCAACAAUUUAACUUUCAAGCGGCUGCAUGUUAGCACAUCAAGUAAUGGCAAACUCUGGCAACUCUGCAGCUAUUUUGCGGCUGCAAAUGUUGAUUUUGUCAAUUGGCUGUGCGUUGAUGUGUUAUAGUCGUUUAUCCACCGCAUCACCGGCACACAGUCAGCGUUUGAUAUGCUGGCAAGCCAUCGUGAAGUGUCAAGGAGAACCGGAGUGUCAUUACGCGUACACACAGUAUCUACACGCGUGCGGUCCGGUUAUAAACGGCAGCAGGAAGAAAUGUCCCAGCCAUUGCAUUUCUUCCAUCAUUCAGCUUAAUCUGACUGUGAACGGCCCAGCACUGGAGGACUGCGAGUGCGCCUCGGACACUCUGUGCAAGAUGACCAAGCGAGCCAUUGAGCCCUGUAUGCCCAGAACGAGCCACAUGGGCUGCACCGAGGCUCGUAAGCAGUGUGAGAAGGAUCCCGAGUGCAGCACCGCCAUGCGGGACUAUCUGUAUCACUGCAGGAAACUGUUCGGAGGAGAGCGCUGCUCGGACGAUUGCCGGCGGGUCAUCACGAACAUGCGCUCCAUUCCCAAAGCCCUACAGCUGGACACUUGCGUGUGCGACGGCACAGAGAGGACCAUAUGCGAGUAUGUCAAAGUCAGCAUGAAAAACUUCUGCUUUAACGACCGAUACGGCGGGAGUGGAUUUUCAGAUACCGAGGACGACUUGGAGGAUGAUUAUGGGGAAUAUGAGGACGAGGAGAGUGAUGCCUGGAAUUUAAGAGCACAAAGGAGUUCGAUUGUGAUGUCCACUGUUUUGACCAUUUUCCCUCUUGUAAUAAUAAGAUAAGGCGUGCUUUCAGAAUUCAGUGAGUAACUCGCUGAUCUAAAUAAUGUUAUAGGCUGUUAUAGAUAGAUCAGUGGGUUAACUGCAUAUUUGGCCUGGGUGGAAAUAAUGGGGGAAAUUCUGACGUCCCCAAAUUAAGUCCCCUUCCCCCCUCACCUAAAAAAAGGCAUGUGUGUGGAGGGGUUUUAUAUAGCCUAGCCUACGUUUGGAUACGUAUUCGAAGUUUCAGUAACCGCGAAAGCAAAGAAGUUGCUUUGAUGCAAGCCAAGGGUAGCCUACACUUUCCGUCAGCACGAGCCUAUUACUAAUCAAUUUAGCUAUUGUAUAUUCACACACACAAAUAUCACAAGACCCUUUGUGUUUGGUUUAAAAUGUAUUUAGUUGAAUGUGCGGGCGUACCUCGAGACGUGCUGCACCAGACGAAACUCAUUUACAUUUUACAUUUAUGGAUUUAGCAGACGCUUUUAUCCAAAAAGACUUUCAGUAGCUACAUUCAGGCUAUACAUUUUUUUUCCAGUAGCCUAUGUGAAUCGGUAAAUUAUUGACAGAAAAGUAGUCCCCCUGAGGCAUUCGAAUAAUUCGCAUAUUGUAGGCCUAUUUGUUUAUUAGCUGUCCUAGAAAGCCCUGUGUUCCUUACGUUUGCUUAGGCGCUUAAAUGUACAGGUUCAUGAGACAGAUAGACCACUGGAUAAAAUAAAGAAGAAAAUGGGAGGAGAAGAAAACCAGAAUCCCAUAGUGAAACUUUUUUUUUUAAAACCUAGUUAAGCUGCCAAAAUCUGCACACCAUGAAAAGGAGUAAUUUGUCUUUAAGAAAUUAUGUUGGAAAUAUGUGCUCCGCUAUAUAUUAAGUUAUUAUGAAACUGCCAUUCAAAGUGCUAAAUACUGGAAGAUUAUUUUUGUAUGAAAGAUUGGUUAGUGUAAAUUGUAGGGAAACAAAAUGAUUAUUGUAAAUGUGUAUAAUGUUUCUGUAUCAUAUUAUUGUGUGAAUAAUGUUGAUAAACAAUACAAUGUAAUUAUAAUGUUCAUAAAGAUUGGCUUCAAAUUAUUCCAAAGAU